GGAAGCGCCUCUGAAGCUGCGAGUCAUUGUGGAAGAGAAUGACUUCAGAAAACUUGUUCUCCAUUCAGGAAAGCCAAACACUUUGAUGGACUUGCACAAUGCAAUUCAAGAUGCAUUUGGAAUUGAAGGAGACUUUCGCAUUCAGUUCAUGGAUCCUGACUUCAAUAAUGAGUUUAUGAACAUUACAUCAGUGCACGACAUUCAAGACAGAAGUACAAUUAAGCUUGUGUACAUUCAAAAUGCUGGAGGUAUGAGUCCAUUUUCUUCAAGGCUGAAUACUCCAAGCACUCCUGGGUCUUCUGAAAGUCCAGACGACAUUCAGUCAUCUCACAGUGCAUCCUCAUUGUCCUCAUCUGACUCAGAUGCUGCCAGCAUUCUCUCACAUUCAGACAGCGAGCUGAGAACACGUCCGUGGCCACGUGAAUUCACUGUUCCUCUUUUUCCGUACGAUGUAGAAGUGCAGCUUAAGCGUGGAAAUGAGACCUUCAGAGAAACUAGCACUACAAUGAAGAUUACUCCAGGACUGAAAUCUGACAUACUUGAGAGGCUGGCGGAAGACAUUUUCCAGUUUACAGCAUAUCCACAAAAUCACCACAUGGAUAACGUAGCAGAGGCCCUUGUCAAGAAAUUUCCCUGUUUGCGAGACACAUCUGCCACUGGUUACUAUGGGUGGAUAAUUAGCCUGAAAUAUAAAAUGGCAAAUUACAGGACAAAGAUGCGAAAUAUUGGCUGUCCUGAAGUGACUGUAAAUGCUUUGAAAAACAAAUCCAGUGAUGAAUGCCUCCCAGCCAAAAAUGUAAAAAAGGCUAGAAAGGCUGAGGUCAACUAUUGCCCUUCACACCCUGCUGGAGAAACAGAAGAAAGUCUGGAAACUGUGCGAGUUGAACUUCUGAAUGAUGUCAGACAAAGAAACAGUAGAUCUAAUGUAAGAGAGAAGAUGUCUAGAACAUUCUCCUACCGAAGAAAAGAGGUGGUGCAAGGGAAUCCAGAUGCUGGAGAGUUUAAACUCAAGUGGCCUGCACUUUUCCAGAUUGAUGAGAUAAAUGCUGAAUUCCAGCGUAUUACAACAUGUCCACUUGAGACAACCUUCAUGGCACAGUUGGACAGCCUUCUGCCUCAGCUGACAUCCAUUUUCCAGAAGAAGGGAGGUGUUGCUGGCCAGAAGCUAUCAAAACAUCUGCAGAUCUUACAAGAGGCUACAAGUGAUGUUCAUCUGAAAAGGGCAGCAGUCCUCAAGGCACUCUGUGUCUAUCUUGGUGAGGAUGACAGACAUCUUAUCUACGAGUACAUGGACAUCGACGGAAAUGACAUCCAGAGGGACAUGCAGGUGGCCGCCAUGGGCAUUUACGUGAUCAAGAAGGAGGGUGGAGAGAGUGGACAAUAUGAUGACAUUGGAAUUUUUGUUGAUGGGGUGAUAAUUCUGGACAACAUUGGAUCUGCAGCCCAAGCUUGCGCAGUGAUGCUUGGAGUAAUCUAUGCACUGAACCUGGCCUACCCAAAGGAGCUGAGACGCUACUACGAAUUCAUUCAAAAAGUGCUCAUGGGUCUGGAUGGGGAUAAGCUCUCCCCCAAAGUCCAUGGGUUGCAGAACAAAAUCCGUGUUGGACCAUAGGAAUGCUUCAGCCACAGUUGCAAAGACAAAGUUGUUUUUGUCCUUGUUUAUUGGAAGUGAUGUGAAAUGCUGAAACAAGUACGAGGAGAGUAUUUGCACAUAGUUGAGUACGACACACUAAAUUUACUUAUAGCCAGCCUGUUCUACCUGAUGGGGCAGCAAGAAAAGACCCUAAUAUUCCCCAAGUCAUAUUUGCUUUCAUAAAAUGUACUAUAUUUUGUUUAACUUUUUUUGGAAGUCUCUGCAGUGUAUUGCAUCAGAGCCAGAAGACCUGUGUUUUUUGUUUUCCUUCCUGUGAACCAUUCUGCCAUGGUUUCUUUUGAGUUUUCUCAUAAUGAAUGGUGCUGGCUUAUGUUUUUUUUGUUACUGAUGGAUUUGCUCGGAAUGGUCUCACAUCAGGAACACUUUUUAAAAAAAUAUAUUUUAAAGGCUGCACUUAAAUAUGUGCCAGAAUUUAUGUUUACAGAAUGUGAAGUUUUAUUCUUGUCCUAUAUAUAUAUAUAUA